ACAGGAACCAUGCUGAAAGGUGACAUCUAGAAGUCCAUGUUUUCACUACUUCUGCUUAAAAACGAAUAUUAAAGAUUAACGUAUUCAGCUGAACGUUGCAAGUCCAUCAUAUGUAUAACGCAUUGUCUUGGACAUUCUUUUAACAGUGUACAUUAUACUGUACAAAUUUUUGAGUAACGUACUCCGUACCUUUAGCCAUAUCCUCAUGAAGUACUACAUACUCGUGUCUACGGCGGAUUAUUGACAAAUGACAGAAUGUUCACCCAGUGGCGUUUUGUAAUAUUUCGUUGUCAUGCUGUCGCCAGUACUAUCGUAUGUCGGUUUUAUUCGGCGAAUACCAUUCGAAUUCGGGAUGCGAUUAAUUCUCAGAAAGUAGGAGAUCAGUUAAAGAUCCAGGGCUGGGUUAGGUCUAUACGUUCACAGAAAGAAGUUUUAUUUCUACAUGUAAACGAUGGAAGCUGCUUACAAAACCUGCAAGUUGUAGCUGAUCCCAGUCUUCAUGACAGGAAACUUACAUUUGGAAGUGCUGUUCAGAUCUCUGGUGCCCUGGUUAACAGCCUUCACAAAGGACAGAAUGUGGAACUCCGUGCAUCUGACAUAAGGAUCAUUGGUUCUUGUGAUCCCUUGAAAUUUCCUUUUAAAAUAAAAGAAAGACAUCCAGUGGAAUAUACAAGGCAAUUUCCUCAUCUUCGCUGUCGGACAAACACAGCUGCGUCUCUGUUGAGGGUUCGGAGUGAGGCUACUUUGGCAAUUCAUGCUUUUUUUAAGGAUAAUGGUUUCCUACAGAUUCACACCCCAAUCAUCACAUCAAAUGACUGUGAAGGAGCUGGUGAACUUUUCCAAGUUGAACUGGCUCAUAAAGAAAAAAAGCAAAAUGAUGAAAGAAGCCAUUUCUUCUCUGUCCCAGCCUUUCUCACAGUUUCUGGCCAGCUACAUUUGGAAGCCAUUGCCGGGGCAUUCUCUCAGGUAUACACAUUUGGACCCACAUUUCGGGCUGAGAAUUCUCAAAGCAGAAGACAUCUUGCAGAGUUUUACAUGGUGGAAGCAGAAAUGUCCUUCACUGAGGGACUGGAAGAUGUAAUGAAGGUUAUGCAGUCUCUCUUCAAAACUGUUACUGAUAGUGUCCUGUCCCAGUGUCCUGAGGAUGUAGCACUUUUUCACAAACAUGUUUCUCCUGGACACAAGGAGAAGUUAGACAGAAUGCUACAGAAUGACUUUAAAGUAAUUACUUAUACAGAGGCAGUACAUAUUUUGAAAUCCUGUUCUCAUUCUUUUGCUUUCAAACCAGAGUGGGGAAGUGAUCUUCAGAGUGAACAUGAAAAGUAUCUAGUUCAGCAUUGUGGAAAUGUUCCACUGUUUGUUACCAACUACCCUUAUAACCUGAAGCCGUUCUAUGCCAGAGAUAAUGAAGACCACCCUAAUCAUACCGUAGCGGCUGUUGAUCUACUUGUUCCUGGAAUUGGAGAGCUCUGCGGCGGAAGCCUAAGGGAAGACCGUCUUUCCUUGCUACAAUCCCGUUUAGAAAUGGCUGGUUUGUCAGAUGUCUACCACUGGUACUUGGAGUUGCGUCAGUUUGGCUCCGUUCCUCAUGGAGGAUUUGGAAUGGGAUUUGAGCGUUAUCUUCAGUGCAUUUUAGGAGCUGACAAUAUUAAAGAUACAAUUCCUUUCCCAAGGUUUUCUUAUUCAUGCCUCUUGUAAUUCUACAUUACAUGGCCAGUACCUGCUUUAAGUCCAAUUCUAAAUAAAAAAAUCAUUCUUUCAUAUUA